CAGGAUCACCCCCCUAUGAGGAUUAUUUGAGCAGUCUGUCUCAAACAGAGGGGUGUUGCCCUGUCCACGCGAAACGUUCUGCAUUUGCUUUUCUCAAUUACGGACAGACUCCAGUAAUUCUACUAAAGACAUUAUGGUGUACCACCCUGAGUUUGAGCGAGCGGGCAAGGAGCCCGGCCUCCAGGUGUGGAGAAUUGAGAAGUUUGAUUUGGUUGCAGUUCCUGAGAAUCUCUAUGGAGGGUUCUACACCGGCGAUGCUUAUCUUGUCCUCAAAACUACCAAGCAAACCUCUGGCAACUUACAGUAUGACCUCCACUUUUGGCUGGGUGACUACUGCACGCAAGAUGAGAGUGGGUCGGCAGCCAUUUUUACAGUGCAAAUGGAUGACUAUUUGGGUGGAAAGCCUAUUCAGUACCGUGAAGUUCAAGGCCAUGAGUCUAAAGCUUUCCUGGGAUAUUUUAAGAAAGGACUGCAGUACAUGCAAGGUGGAGUUGCAUCUGGAUUCAAGCAUGUGGUCACCAAUGAAGUUGUAAUGCAGCGAGUGCUACAAGUCAAAGGUCGGCGAGUUGUCAGAGCUACAGAAGUGCCAGUCAGCUGGGACAGCUUUAACCAGGGAGACUGCUUCAUUCUGGACUUGGGCAAUGAAAUCUACCAGUGGUGUGGUUCCAAGAGUAACCGCUUUGAGAAGCUGAAAGCUACUCAGCUUGCAAAAGGCAUUCGAGACAACGAACGCAGUGGACGUGCCCGUGUGUAUGUUUGUGAUGAAGGUGUGGAACGUGAGAAAAUGUUGGAGGUUCUAGGAGAAAAACCAGACUUGCCUGAAGGAGCAUCUGAUGAUGUCAAGGCUGAUGCCUCCAACAGAAAAAUGGCCAAACUCUACAAGGUCUCUGAUGCCAGUGGAGACAUGGCGAUUGCCCUGGUGGCCGCUGAAAAUCCUUUUACCCAGAGUGCACUAGAAUCAAGUGACUGUUUUAUCCUGGAUCAUGGCUCAGAUGGCAAGAUCUUUGUUUGGAAAGGCAAAGAUGCCAAUAUGGAAGAGAGAAAGGCCGCCAUGAAGGCAGCAGAUGAGUUCAUCAAAAAAAUGGGCUACCCCAAACACACACAGGUUCAGAUUCUCCCAGAAAUGGGCGAAACACCCCUUUUCAAGCAGUUCUUCAAAAACUGGCGUGAUGUGGACCAGACAGAGGGCAUGGGUGUAGCAUAUGUCUCAAACAGCAUCGCUAAGAUCGAGAAGGUGCCGUUUGAUGCUUCAACUCUGCACGAUUCACCAGCAAUGGCCGCCCAACAUGGAAUGAUAGACAGCGGCAAUGGAGAAAAACAGAUCUGGCGUAUUGAAGGAUCAGACAAAGUUCCAGUUGACCCAUCUACUUACGGCCAGUUUUAUGGUGGAGACAGUUACAUUAUCCUGUACAGUUACCGCCAUGGUGGCAGACAGGGUCACAUUAUCUACAUCUGGCAGGGGGCAGACUCUACACAGGAUGAGAUCGGGGCAUCUGCUAUCUUGGGUGCCCAGCUGGAUGAUGAGCUUGGAGGUGGACCUGUGCAGAUGGCUGGUGCUCCCCUUACUACUCAGGUGCGUGUGGUCCAGGGUAAAGAACCUGCUCACCUCAUGAGUCUAUUCGGUGGGCAGCCUAUGGUGGUACACAAGGGUGGCACCUCCAGAGAAGGUGGUCAGACGGCGCCAGCAGAGACUCGGCUGUUCCAAGUGCGCUCAAAUUCAGCAGGGUGCACUCGAGCUGUAGAGAUUGAUGCUGUUUCUUCUAAUCUGAAUUCCAAUGAUGCCUUCGUCCUGGUGACCCCAGCUGCCUCUUUCAUAUGGGUUGGUCAAGGAGCCAGUGACAUUGAGAAACGUGGCGCACAGCAGCUCUGUGGCAUCCUUGGAGUGUCUCCCUCUGAGCUGAGUGAAGGAGGAGAGGAUGGUGGAUUCUGGGAUGCUCUUGGAGGAAAGGCUGCUUAUCGCACAUCCUCCAGGCUAAAAGACAAAAUGAAUGCCCACCCACCACGACUGUUCGCCUGCUCGAACAAAACUGGCCGUUUCAUUAUUGAAGAAGUACCUGGAGAGAUGACCCAAGAAGACCUGGCUACAGAUGAUGUCAUGAUCCUUGACACCUGGGAUCAGGUGUUUGUUUGGAUUGGUAAUGAAGCUCAUGAUGAGGAGAAAAUGGAGGCAAUGACUUCAGCUGCCCAAUACAUCCAGACAGAUCCAGCCAACCGUGACCCACGCACAGCUAUAGUGAAGAUUAAACAGGGCUUUGAGCCGCCCACCUUUACCGGCUGGUUCCUGGGCUGGGACCACGACUACUGGAGCACUGACCCUCUGGAGCGGGCCAUGGCGGAGCUGGAAAUCUGAACUAUAACCUCUCAACCCCACUGCCUUACUGCAAGUCAAUCAGAGUCGCCCUUAGACAUGUAUGAGACUCCAGUUUGAUGCAGUUUCAGAAAGAAAAGCAGGUCCUGGGUCAGUUCGAAAAAAGCACCUUACUGCCCUGAGCUUCUUCAGUCACAAAACUUUAAAGCAAUUCUUUUCAUUUGUCACCUUGUUACUUUGUAUUUAUGUUUUUCUUUAAACAAUUUUUAAAGCUUUCAGAUUGUUGUAUUUUGUCUGUGCACCUUUUAUUUCUGAAGCGCAUGAGUUUGUUUCAAAAAUAUACAAGGAUUUCCUUGUUUAAAUCUGCUAGUUUUUUUUAUUUAAGCAUUUUAUGAGUUUUAUUUGUAGCACUACUUUAGUCUUUACAUUUUUUGUAUUUAUGAUGAAACUAGAUUAUUUUUUAUCUUGCUGCCAAAAUACUAGGGUUUUUUCUCUUCAUUUGGAUGUAAUUGUUUCAUAAGACAAUUGCAUUUGGAUUCAGUCAUUGUCUGUAUUUGGAAUAACAUACUAGUAUACUUUUAUGACAUAGAAAACAUAAGCUAAAUCAAAAUUAGAAAUGAUAAAAAAUAGAAAAUUGAAGAAAAAAAAAGAAAAAUACUUACUGGUAAUAUAAAUUAAGGGGAAUUUAAAUCAAAAUCUAGAUUCUAAUUUUACAUAAUUUAAAUAAAUUUUCUUUAUAAAAUUGUACCUAAAAAUCUAGUGUUUGAUUUAUUUUUUGAAAAUGAAUAUAGAAUGGUCAAGUGAAUUAGUUAAGCCAUGACAAUUAGUGAAGCCAUUCUAUUAACUUAUUUUAGAUUUGAAAAAGCAGCGUUUCGAAUUGGAUUUGUUGAGCAGCAUAGAAUUUCUCAUUCCAGUCAUAAUCAAUUUGCCAUAACUAUUAAAGAUGACUUUUAAUUUCAUAAUCAGAAUGUUUGAGUGGAAUCUGGGCCCAGUUUUUCAAAAUAAAUCCAGUGGGAUUUUGGAUCACGGGUUGGAUCAAAUUUUGGAAAUGUUUUUUUCAAAAGUAACAGAGGGAUUUUGAGUAAAAAUCAGACCAUGUAAUCCAGUCUUACAUUUGCCCCUUGGGUCAUUCAAAACUUUGAACUCGGAUUGGAAUCAAUUUGAUGCAAAAUAAAUAAAUAAAUAAAUAAAUAAAUAAAUAAAUGGAUUAUCCUGAUCCCAUCAGAAGGGUGAAUUCAGAUUUAGAUUUUAUGAACCAAAUAAAAUUUUAAAUGUUUUUUUUUAAGUAAAUGAUCACAAACUUAAUGGUUACUGAUGAUAUACAAAUUCCUUUUUACUGUAAUUGAAGCCUAUAUGAAGCAUGUCACAUCUAAUAAGAUACGGCAACCAACAACAACAAAACAAUAUCAAAGCAGUACUGUUAACUAAAAAAUGCCAAACAGAAUUUACAGUUUAUAACCAGCAACUGGGGUGCCGGAAAAAUUCAUUUAAAUUAAUGGGCGUUAUUUUAUGGUAAAUUUCUGCAAUUUAACGGGCGUUAUUUUACGGUAAAUUUUUGUAAUUUAACGGUCGUUAUUUUACGUUUGUUUUUUUCAGCACCCUAGCUGCCGAAAAUAAUCUGUAAAGUUGUGGAUUUCUUUACAGUGCAUUUAAGGCUCUGGUAAACAGGAUUUGGGUAUCCUGAAAUUUGGUAUUUGGAUAACAGUGGUCCAGCUCAAUGUUCCUCAAUUAACUCAAACUGUUAUAAAAGUAAGAUAGAUCAGUUAACCCUGGAUUGCAAAACACAGGAUUUCCAAAUCUGGACCAAUUUGAUCCAGAUUAAACUUUUUGAAAAACUGGGCCCUAGUUGCUUCUUCUUGAAGGCCAUAAAAAAUGACCCAAGAUUCAAUGGAGAAUAAAGGCAACCUUGCUGUUUAUUUUUAAGGGCUGAAUUAAACAUUAACAUAUGACCCUAAAAGUAUAUUAUCAUUUUAUGUGCAAGUUGAACAGUUCUUGAACUCCAAAAAUUCAUCAUUGUUGAGUGUUUGUGUUUUGUCUGUCCAUUCAUAAAAUAGAUUAGUAGAUCUUUUUAUCCUCUCACACUUUUAUUUUUUGCCAUUUUCAGUAGUAAAUUUCUUGUUUCUUUUCAAACUACACAGUAAUAAUGCUGGGAUCCACACAAUCGAUUCAUGUUGGGACAACAUGAAGGAAUUAAGUUAACUUGUUACUUUUUACAAAUUUAAGUAGAUUGAACAAAACAAUUAAGUUGCCCCCUAAAAAAACUGUAGAAUUGUGUCGAUUCAGCUCAUUUCAAGUAAGUAGUUUGAACAAACAGCAAACAUCAUUUCUUGAGUGUUUAAAACUCAAUUUAUGUUUGCUGGUUGUUCAAAUUAAUUAAAAUGAGCUAAACACAAUUAUUAACAUUUUGGGGGCAGUGGGGGGCAACUUAAUUGUUAUAUGUUAAGUCCACUUAAAUUUGCAAAAACAAUUAAGGUUAUCAAUUUGUGUUGGGACAACAAGGAAUUGUGUGGAACCCGGCAUUUUUUUUACAGUGUACUUAAUGUUUGUGUCCUAUACUCUACAUGGCCUCUCACAUACAGUACAUAUCAGUUGAUGUUUAAAAAUCCUCAUCAUGCAGUAGUUGCCUUUAAAAAUUGCUGACAACUUGUGUAACAACGUAUCUAAAAGGGUUAUUCCAAACUUUUGCUGCUUUCACAAAUCCUUCUGUACCUGAAAUAAUAAUAUUAAUAAAUAAAUAAAAAAAAUCCCAGUUUAACAUCUUAUUACCACAAUCACAAAAGUGUCCACACUGUUCUUCACUGAUCAAGAACUGCAACAACAACAUUAACAGCUUUGUUUAAAGUUUAUGUAUUUUUAUGUAACGACAUCACAUUUGAUUUAUGAUUUAGUGACAAGAAUGGGACAGUCAAAUAUAUGACAGGCAUAAAAAUACAGUACAAACUGUAAAAAAAAAAAAAAAAAAAACAUUCAAUGUCACCAUGUACAUAAAAGUGAAUUGGCAAAACAGCAGGUGUAAUUUUACAUACAUCAGUUACAAUAAGACAGAAGAAAGAUAUUUUAUAUACGUAUAGAAUUGUGACAGACUGAUGAGCGAAUACAAACAUACGGAAAUAUCAUUGAAACAAUAAACAGUCCUAAGCAGCACUGCAAUUCAUUCACAUCUUUAAAAAGUUUGUAAUCUCAUACCUGGAUAUUUAAAACAGCACAAACAUUGACCUCUAUAGCCUUCGUUUUGUUUUCGGCAAGUAAAAACAUUAGAUUAGAUUUAUUAAAAUGUCUCGCAUGAAAUGUUACGAUCAAAACCAAGUGAUAAACAGGAGGUUAUUUAAAGGUUUUAAAUGUCAACCGUCAUGAUGUAAACCUGUAAAUAUUGAUGGAGUAAUUAAAGUUGAUAUGGCUUAAGGCUUUUGCAUUGACAGUCAGCGUUAAUAAAGGUUUGUGGAAGUGAACCUGUAGGCACAA